UUGAGGCCUGUCUACCAGGACAACCAUGGUACCUUGGCAGGGAGGAUAUACCCGGGUCAGGCCAGCAUGCCCCAGAAACAGGGGUCUGGCGGUGCCUCGCCUGGGGGUGUAGGACUAGCAGGCCGGACCACCUUCCUACGACGCUCCACUAAUGCCAAGAUGUCUAAGCCAUCCGAAGCCAACCUCUCUGGCCAACCCCCACCCAGCUACCAGCAGGCCCAGAGCUCCUCCAACUUUGCUAACUACCAGAACUGUACUAUAGUACACUCCCAUGUACAACACGACAACCCGCACGGCAACUAUGGCUACGUCAAAGCAGCACCCAAGAUCCUCAUCUUCCCCAUCUUUGUUCAGCCUCUGGACCUGUGUAACCCCACACGGACACUGGUGGUCUCUGAGGAGAUGAUCCUCCACGAGAGCAAGCACCUCUCCAUUAAGGUAAAGGGCUUCUGA